ACAUCCUGGAGGCAUCGAGCGGCGCGCAAUACUCGUAUCAUCCAGUCAACACUUGCGAUUCGUAAGGUGUGGGUCGCGUUCGCGUGGCGAUGCCCCGCCGCAAGUCCGACCUGACUCCAACUUAAAUCCGACGUGUCCAGCGUGGAUCCAAGGUCCAUAGGGCCUCAAGUUGCCGCGCGAGGCCUUCAUGAUGUUCUCGUAACAUCAGUUCCUUCGCCAGGGUUGCCCGAUCACGGCCCUCGGCUACCACCCCGAGACGGACAGCGUUCUCGUUGGCGACGCGGGCUGCAAUGUGAACCUCGUGGGGAAGUUGCGCGAGCAAAUCGACAAUGCUGUCAGGAUCGAGAGCGACGUUGCGGCUAGCAUGCAGCGCGACUCCCAGGACCGCAUUCCGGCCAGAGCCGCCUGCCAGCAGGGCCCGGCCGCCGCCGGCGGCGCCGCUGCGCAGGACGGCGAUGAUGCGGCGCUGGCGGGCGGAGCACCAGAGCCAGGCGGCCGGCAGGAUGCGCCCUCGCCCGAGGACGAGACCAUACCCUCGGAGGCGCGGGGCGCGGCGCCGCGAGAGCCGGGGGCCUCCCAGGGGGAGCAGCUGGACGAGGCCCCCGAGGCCGGCGGAGAAGGUGCCGGCGCGAGCGGCUUCCCCGUCUUCUCUGGCAGCGGCUAGCGGCCUUUGCUGGGCAGCUCCUCGGUCGGCCUCGGCCGCGGGAGAGAGCGGGACAGCAGGGCGCCUCGCUUGCUCGGCAGGCAAA